CCGAGAGAUAUUAAAAAUGGACGAUAUUGAUUUUCGUUUCAUGGACUUUAAAGAAAUUAUUGAAAACCUAAUUGUAAACUACAGUUCACCUAGCAUACCUGAAGCAAUUGAUAGACUCUUCUCGGACAUAGCAAAUAUCAACAGGGAGUCUAUUGCUGAAAUGCAGGAUGCUCAGGUUGAAGAAAUGGCAGUAAAUCUGUGGAACUGGACAGUUACCAGAGUAGGUUUGCUUAUAAGUGAAGAGCAGAAAGUUAAAUUACGGCAUGUUGCUUGCAGGUUGAUGUGUAUGUGUGAAGGAUCAGUAGCUUCAGAAGAAGCUAUUCGAAGACAAAUUUUGAUGAAUGUGAAAACAGGAAAAGGGUGGGUGGAUGUUGGAAAUGCUGUGAUCGCUGAUGAAUUUUUUCAAGCUGCCAUGGCUGGUCUGGAACAAUUAUAUGUCAGAUUAAUGCAGAGGAGCUCUACUGAGGCCCAUGUGACUAUGCAGAAGAUUGCUGUGGAGAGGGACCUUUUGAAAGUGCUUUCUUACCAAGCAGAGUCAGCAAUUGCUCAAGAGGAUUUUCAAAAAGCUUCUGCAUAUAUACUGCGCUGUAAAGAUAUGUUGAUGAGGCUCCCCCAAAUGACUGAAUAUCUUCACAGUCUCUGUUACAACUUUGGAAUAGAAACCUACAAGAAUAAUAAAUAUGAAGAAAGUUCUUUCUGGCUUAGCCAAAGCUAUGAUAUUGGGAAGAUGGAUAAGAAUUCUGUUGAGCCAGAAAUGCUGGCUAAAGUUCUGCGGUUACUAGCCACUGCUUAUUUGGAUUGGGACGACAGAGCAUAUUAUGAUAAGGCGCUCCAUGCUAUAAACCUAGCAAACAAGGAACAUUUAAGUCCAGCGGGACUUUUCUUAAGGAUGAAAAUACUCUUGAAGGGCGAAACACCUAAUGAAGAACUUCAUGAAGCCAUCAUGGAAAUACUACAUCUUGAUGUGUCUUUAGACUUCUGUCUGAAAGUUGCUAAACUGCUGAUGGAUCAUGAAAGAGAAUCUGUUGGGUUUAAUUUCCUGAAGAUUAUCUGUGAACAUUUUAAGUCAUCGGAAAAUAUCGGUAAAGCUUGGCUGCUUCACAUUGACAUGCUUUUACAAAGGAAAGAAGAAUUGCUUGCCAAGGGGAAGAUUGAAGAAAUCAUUAUAGGUCACCAAACAGGAAGACAACUGACAACAGAAUUAGUAGGUUGUUUACACAACAUUCUGUGGAAAAAAGCUGCCAGAAGUUUUGAGGUACAAAACUAUGCUGAUGCUCUACACUGGUACUAUUAUUCUCUGAGACUUUAUGCAUCUGAUCAAACGGAUCUGGACUUGGCCAAGCUGCAGAGGAACAUGGCUUCUUGUUACCUGCAUUUGGAACAAUUUGAUAAGGCUAAAGAAGCAGUGACAGAAGCAGAACGAUGUGACCCUACAAAUAUUUUCACUCAAUUUUAUGUAUUCAAGAUUGCAGUCCUAGAAGGCAGCUCUGACAGAGCUUUGCAAGCAAUUACUGCUUUAGAGAAUAUACUAACAACUACAGAACAAGAAGAGAAUGAUGUACUUACAGAUAGAGGUUCUGCUGUCAUGGUCCUUACUUUAGCUGCCCAGUUUGCUCUAGAGAAUGAACUACAAAUUGUGGCAGGAAAAGCUUUGGAAUGUUUAGCUCAGUAUUCAGAAGACCCACAACAAGUCCUUACAGCUUUAAAGUGUUUGUGUCGUCUUAUUCUUCCAGGAGUUUCUCAAAUGACAGACUCUGAAAACAAAAAGAAGGAAAUGGAUAGACUUUUGACUUGCUUAAAUACAGCACUCCUGAAACUUGGUCAGUGUUUUGAUAGAAGAGCUUUGCCUUCAGACUCAAGGACUAAUGAAGCUCAUUGGUUUCGAAAAAUAGCUUGGAACUUGGCUGUGCAAUGUGACAAAGACCCAGUGACAAUGAGAGAGUUUUUCAUACUUUCUUAUAAGCUGUCCCAGUUUUGUCCUUCAGAUCAAGUAAUUUUGAUUGCACAGAAAACAUGUUUACUUAUGGCAGCUGCAGUGGAUCUAGAGCAAGGGAGAAGAGCUUCAACAACUUUUGAACAGACCAAGUUCCUGAGUCGUGCACUUGAGCAGAUCCAUAAAUGCAGAGAUGUCUGGAAUCUCCUGAAAGAAACAGGAGAUUUCUCAAGUGAUCCAUGUGAGACAUUGCUUCUGCUGUAUGAGUUUGAAGUUAAAGCCAAAAUGAAUGAUCCAUUACUGGAGAGCUUCCUGGAAUCAGUGUGGGAACUGCCUCAUUUAGAAAGUAAAACAUUGGAAACAAUUGCAUCAUUAGCGAUGGAAAUGCCUGCACAUUAUCCUUCUAUUGCUCUAAAGGCCUUGAAAAAGGCUUUAUUGCUCCACAAAAAUAAAGAGUCCAUUGAUGUUUUGAAAUACAGCAAAUGUAUGCACAGCUUGCUUAACCUCUUAGUGCCAGAUGGGACACUGAGUGCCGAGCUCUGUCCCCUGGAAGAAGUUUGGGGCUAUUUUGAAGAUGCUCUGAACCUUAUUAGCCACACCGAAGGCUACCCAGAACUUGAGAUUCUCUGGCUGAUGGUCAAGUCUUGGAAUACUGGAAUAUUUAUGUACCUCAGGAAAAAGUAUGUAUCUGCUGAAAAAUGGUGUGGCCUGGCACUGCGUUUCCUUAAUCAACUUGGCACCCUCAGGAGAAACUAUGAAACUCAGAUGAAUGUUCUGUACAGUGAGCUUGUGGAAGCAGUAAACAAAAACAAGGGCUCACUUUUUAAUGAAGAGUGAGAACUGCUGGAACAAGGCAUAUAAAGCAGGCAAGCUGACAGCAACUUGAAGAUGUGUGGUCCUGAGAUGUUAAAUAUUUAAAUUCUUUCCAAACUUGCUCUUAAGCUUUUGUUUCUGUUUUUCCUGGCUUGUUUUCAUGUUGUUAAAUGAAAUUGUUUAAAAUAAAACUUUUACUGCUGUGACUGGCUCAUUUCUAGUGGACAAAUUAUUUUUCCAGUGUGCUAAGGAAUAUGUAUAUUGAAAUAGCCCAUGUGGAAGCAAGGUGAUUCAUGCCCCAGGUGAACAAAAGGGGAUGUUCAUCCUGGUCCAACACAGGUUGCAUUUUAUUCGAGAAGUGCUCCAAUUCCCAAUACCUGAAGACAACAGAAAACCCAUAGACUCAUCAUCAGGAGGACCUUAGUGGUCUUUGGGUCUGGCAUUAAGCAGAUUCAAGAAAUCUAUGACAUCCUUGAAACUUGGCUGUCCAAUCUCUAUCAGAACAUAUACUAUGAAGGAGUUCCCUGGUGGUCUAGUGGUCUGGACUCAGUGCUUUCACUGCUACAGCCCAUGUUCAAUAGCUGGCCUGAGAACUGAGAUCCCACAUCAAGCCACUGCACACAAUGGCCAAAAAAAAUUUUAAGUAAGUUCUUAUGCCAUUUGCAGCAACAUGGAUGGAA